AUGGGGCACGAGGCGGUUGUCGGGCUCCUGCUUGAGAAGAACGCGGACCUGGAAGCGACGAACAGGUACGGCCGUAGGCCGCUGCUGUGGGCCGCCAUGAAGGGGCAUGAGGGGGUCGUUAAGCUCUUGCUUGGGAGGGGUUGCAAAUGGGAGGCGAAGGACAACAACGGCAGCACGGCGUUAUCGUGGGCGGCGAGGCAGGGGCACGAGGCGAUCGUGCGGCUACUGCUCCAGAGAGGCGCAGACGCCGAAUCGGCUGACUAUAAGGGACAGACACCGCUGUCCCUAGCUACCCAUAAGGGACACAAGGCCGUGGUGCGCCUGCUCGUGCCGCAGCGCCAGCACGCCGCUGCUACUCGUAGCCGAAGAAGGGCACGAAGCCCCCGCAAGGCGCCGCUCGACAACUACAGCAAUGGACUGGGGCGUGGGCCACCAAGCAGGGGUCUUAGACCGGGGUCUCAGACCAGAGGGUCAGAGUCUCAAACCAGAGGAUCGGAAUCUCAGACCAGAAGGUCAAGCGUGUUGGGCGCGUCGGAUUCUUAG